AUGACAAUUUUUAUUAAUGAAGGAUUGCUUAAAAUUACACAAAAACUGUGUUUGAUAGCUAUAACUAUACAUUUGUACACUAUAUUUUCAUCAGAAAUGCGAACUUGUCCACUGAUCAAAAUCGGCUUGAAGAUCUACCCGUUUGAUAUUCAAUUUUUCCUAUCGUCGAUACUUUUCUUGACUGGAGCGUCUAUAUCUAUAGUUGAAUGUGAUAUAUGGCCAUAUAAUACAAAACCCAAAAAUAGAAUAAUUCAAUUUCUAGCUGAGCUGUAUAUUAUGACAACGUGUAUAAUAAUUGUCUAUGCUCUAUUUUGGCAUCCGAUCGUCAUAACUACAUCUCUUAUUACCGAUAAAUUGAGUGUAUUAACAAAUAAAUGGUUGGCAAGUGCAAAUAUCUACAAAAAAAGCAUUCCAAUUUGUAUGGAAAAUGUACGUAGUACAAAGUUCCAUUGCAAUUUAUUAGGCGCUUUAGUACUACAUUAUGUACUCGAGAAGUUUGGAAAAAAAGACUUACGACGGAUAAAAUGUUUGUUUUGA